AUGUUCAUAUCUAUGUUCAUAUCUAUCUAUGUUCAUAUCUAUCUAUCUAUGUUCAUAUCUAUGUUCAUAUCUAUCUAUGUUCAUAUCUAUCUAUCUAUGUUCAUAUCUAUGUUCAUAUCUAUCUAUGUUCAUAUCUAUCUAUCUAUCUAUCUCUGUUCAUAUCUAUCUAUGUUCAUAUCUAUCUAUCUAUCUAUCUCUGUUCAUAUUAAUCUAUCUAUCUCUGUUCAUAUUAAUCUAUCUAUCUAUCUCUGUUCAUAUCAAUCUAUCUAUCUAUCUCUGUUCAUAUCAAUCCAUCUAUCUCUGUUCAUAUCAAUCUAUCUAUCUAUCUCUGUUCAUAUCAAUCUAUCUAUCGCUGUUCAUAUCAAUCUAUCUAUCUAUCUCUGUUCAUAUCAAUCUAUCUAUCUAUCUCUGUUCAUAUCAAUCUAUCUAUCUAUCUAUCUCUGUUCAUAUCAAUCUAUCUAUCUAUCUAUCUCUGUUCAUAUCAAUCUAUCUAUCUCUGUUCAUAUCAAUCUAUCUAUCUAUCUAUCUAUCUAUCUCUGUUCAUAUCAAUCUAUCUAUCACUGUUCAUAUCAAUCUAUCUAUCUCUUGAUUUUUCCUUUCACAUUCUUCUCUUUUUGUUUCCUCUCUCUACUUACCUUUUUUCCUUUAUUCUCUGCUUCCUUGUUUUAUUUUUCCUUUUCUUCUUUUUCUCUUAAUUUGCUCAUAUUUUUAUUUCCACUCUUUUUAGCAUAUUUCUUUCUCUUCUGGAUUCUUCUUGAACUCCGAUAG